AUGUUGCGCAGGUCUAUUUUACAGCUCGCGUCUCGUAGUUCGGUUCGUAGGGUUCCAUUACAGAUCACAACUCAGAUACCUUCAUAUCUUUCUUCAAGAAGGUUGUUUUCUGCUUCCUCAAAUGGACCACAGAAGCCCAAUACAGGAAACAGUGGAGAUGUACCCAAAAGUAGUGUACCUAACAUUCUAAUUGGAGGUCUUGCAUUGGGUUCUGUAUUCUUAUUUGUUUACUAUUCUGGGGCUUUGGAUAGUUAUAUUGACAAAAGGCCGCCAAGCAUCAGUGAGUUUGACAAGGCCCGGGUUGGCUACAGUAACAUACAGGCAUCUCCCGAACAGCCGGAGGCAGAUGAAGCUCGUGAAAUAAGUGAAUCAAUUGACAGGAAGAGAUCACAGGAGUCAGAUGUGUCAAGUUCCGAUAGCGAACAUGUAAAGAAAGAUGUUGAAACACAUGCAGAUGUUAGCAUCCCAGCAAGUUUCACAACUGAAGAGGAUAAAAGCUUUCAGGCCAAAGAUAAGGCUGUUCAGACUUCAGAGAAUGUCAAUACCCUUGAAGGGACUGAUGUGUCUAAUGCCCCUCAAAGCAGCAGCAUAUCAGUAGAAGGUGUGACUAGUGAACCGGCUGAAGUGAGUGUUGAUGUGAAUAGUUCAGGGGCGAAGCCUUUUGGGGAGCCAGUCAAGGCUAUGGAAACUGGACAAGAUACUGCUACCUCAGAAGACAAAACUACAGCUGAUUUUGAGAUCAAGUCUGUUACGAGUGAGCACACCACCAUUCAAGGUGUGCAGGAGGGUGAUGCUGCACAAAGAGUCGAUUCCCUCCUUGACGAUUACUGUUUAACAGACGAUUCUGGAGAACACAAUGCAUCUUCUUCUGAAAAACUUAAGGAUAUAAGUUCAAGAAUGGAGGAUGUUCAUGAUGGUUACAUAGCAAAAGAUGGAAAAUUGGUUCUCGAUUUCUUGCAAGCCAUACAUGCUGCUGAGGAGAGGCAAGCAGAGUUGGAUGCUCGUACUUACACUGAAGAGAAGAGAGCAAUUAAAGAGAAGUAUGAAAAGGAACUCAAGGAUGCAAGGGUCAGGGAACUCAUGUAUGCUGAGAGGGAAGCCAUUCUAGACAAGGAAUUGACUAAAGAAAGAAUUAAGGCUGCUGCUGCUCUCAGAUCACUUCAAGAAAAGCUAGAAGACAAACUUAGAACAGAACUUGAGCAAAAGGAAAUGGAAGUCGAACAAAAAUUGAAGCAAAUGCGAGAUAUAUCUAAAGCAGAAUUGGCUGCAGCAAUUGCAAGUGAGAAAGCUUCCCAGAUUGAGAAAAUGGCUGAAGCGAAUCUUAAUAUAAAUGCUUUGUGCAUGGCGUUUUAUGCACGGUCUGAAGAAGCUCGCCAGAGUCAUUCUGUACACAAGCUUGCCUUGGGAGCACUAGCUUUAGAAGAUGCACUGUCCAAGGGUCUACCUGUACAAAAGGAAAUAGAGGCCCUCCACACUCAUCUUGAAGAUAUUGACAAAGACUCACUAGUAGAAGUGGUUCUAUCUUCUCUCCCUGAGGACACUAAAAAAUAUGGAACAGAUACUCAGUCCCAGUUGAAUCACAAGGCAUAUUAUCAGAACAAUCUCCUGUCCUUGCAGUUUGAUGCCUUGAAGAGUACACUGAGACAUUACAGUCUAAUUCCGCCAGGCGGUGGCGGAAUAUUAUCACACUCAUUGGCUUACAUUGCUUCUUGGCUGAAGUUUAAGGAGGUGGACCAAUCAGGCGAGGGAAUCGAGUCCCUCAUAAGCAGAGUUGAGAGCCUGUUAGCUCAGGGUAAGUUAUGUGAAGCUGCAGAUACUCUGGAAAACGGGCUCGAAGGCAGCCAGGCAGCAGAAGUGGUCAAUGACUGGGUUCGAAGAGCUAGAGAAAGGGCCGUUACUGAGCAAGCUUUGACUGUUUUGCAAUCCUAUGCAACCUCUAUCAGUUUAACAUGA